CUUACAAAAUUUUCCGUCUUAAAAAAUGGUCCCUGACGUUAAAAGCCACUAACGGCUGCUGAUGUGUCAAGACAGGUGGAAAUUUUUUAAACCAAUUGUUAAUUGUUUUAAUCCAGCGUGUUUUUAAACCAAUUGUUAAUCCACCCUUAUCUUUAACGUUGUCUUCUUCAUCUGGUCCCUCUUCUUCUCUCUCGUGGUCCCUCUUCUGUCAACCCUUUCGUUUCCUUUUCAUUCAAGUGGUCCCAACAACGACAACUCCUGGUUUUGAGUGCUCCGGUCCCAAAAAACGACAAGGGAAUGGGGUUAUUUAAGGUUGUAUUUUUUACCAAUGGAAAAUUUGUAAGAGAUGAAGGGGUAUCAUAUGAAGGGGGCGAUGUUUUUGCUAUAGCUGGUCAGGACCCAGAUUUCUGGUCAUAUUUUGAAGCAUGUGAUUUACUUAAGUCUUUGGAUGCUUCAUUUAUAAAGGAAGAUGUGAAAAUGUGGUGGAAGUCCGAACAUGGCUCACUUGAAAAUGAUCUAAAACCACUUGUUAAUGAUGAGGAUGCAACAUUGUUAGCUAUGUGUGCUGAGGAGACAAAGUCUGAUAUUGAGAUAUACACUGAGCCAAAAGAAAAAGAAAAUGUUAAUGUGGAGGAAAGUGAAGAUGGUGAAUCAAGUGAAGACUCUUUGGAUGGCAUACAUUUUGAUGAUAGUGAAGAGGAGAGGAUGAAUGAUAUUGAUGAAGAUGUAUGUGAAGAGAUCAACAAUGGUGCAGGUGGAGUAGAAAAUGGUGCAGGUGGAGUAGAAAAUGGUGCAGGUGGGAUACAUACAGGAAUGAUGACAGCAGAGAUGGAAAGGGAACAUUUAAUUGAUGAUGAAUACUUAACAGAUGAGCUUGAUAGUGGGGCAGAUGAUGAUAGUGAUGAUGGUAGGCCUUCAGUGAUAAGGUUUAGGGAUGAUGAAAAACUUAGAAAGGAAUUUAAGUUCAAGCUAAUGAUGUGCAAGCUAAUGAUGUGCCACAACAUGAAGCUGUAAGUGAGAAUCAAGCUGAAGAUAUGCAAGCUGAAGAUGUGCCUCCUAGCAAUGAGAAUCAACCUAAUGAUGUGCAAGCUAAUGAUGUGCA